AUGUCUCUGUCGGACGCCGCCGUGCCCGUGUUCACUUUCACAAUACUGUUGAGUUUCUUAUACUUGUACUCGCCCAUCGAAUCGAUGGAAACCGACAGCCGGCAGGGUCUACCAGCUUUGCGAGGAUUGUCUGAAAUCGAAAAGAACAAACAGUUCUACUCCCAACAAGACUGCUUAGAGGGCUGCACCGGCGAGGACUAUCAUUGCGCUUGCGACUUCUCGUGUUACAUGUGCGUCAAAGAAGGCUUCGAUAAGGCCAAUUUCACGGACUGCAACAUCCCAAACGAGGUACCAACGUGCGUGUAG